AUCUUGUUAUUGUCACUGUCGAGACUACACUCGUUGAAAAUGGGUUCAAAAACUGUAUCAUCUGUUCUUGGACCGAUAAAUGUCUCUCAACUCGGAAGAACCUUAACACAUGAACAUUUGGCAAUUGAUUUUGAAAAAUUUUACACCUCUCCUCCUCAUCAAUUGAAGACAUUUUUUAAUAGUGAGAUUACUAUUGAGAAUGUUGGAUUUAUAAAACAAUAUCCAUAUAGCAGUGUAACAAAUUUGAAAUUAAAUAAUGAAAAUGAAGAAGCAAUAUUACAAGAUGUGAAACUUUUUAAAGAACAUGGAGGUGGUACUAUUGUGGAAAAUACUAAUCAUGGAAUAAAACGUAAUAUUCCAUUAAUGAAAAAAAUCAGUCAAGAGACAGGUGUUCAUAUAAUUGCAGGAACUGGUCAUUAUGUAGCUUUAACACAAAGUGAACAAUCUUUAUCGAAUUCUGAAGAACAAAUAAUGAAUAUUAUAAUAAAAGAAAUGACAGAAGGUUGCGAGGAAUAUAUGGACGUAAAGGCAGGAUUUAUUGGUGAAAUCGGUAGCACUUGGCCCAUUGAAGAUUUUGAGAAGAAAACAAUUCGAGCAACAGCGGCUGCACAACAAGUACUUAAAUGUCCAGUUAGUUUUCAUCCUGGCAGAAAUGCUUUGGCACCUUUUGAAAUAAUGAGAAUUUUUAUGGAAGCUGGAGGUGAUCCUAAAAAGGUUAUAAUGUCUCAUCUCGAUCGUACGUUGAUUAAAAAGGAGGAUCUUUUGGAAUUUUCAAAAAUUGGUUGUUAUUGUCAAUUUGAUCUUUUUGGUACCGAGUGCUCAUAUUAUCAAUUAACACCAACAACAGAUAUGCUUUCGGAUGCUCAACGAUUGGAUCAAAUGAAGAUUCUUCGUGAGGAUGGAAAAUUGGAAAAAUUACUAAUGAGCCACGAUAUUCACACAAAGCAUCGAUUGAUACGUUAUGGAGGACAUGGAUUUAGUCAUAUUAUGAACAAUGUGUUUCCAAAAAUGUUAAUUAAAGGAUUCACUCAAGAUGAAAUCGACACUAUUACAAUAGUAAAUCCGAAAACUUGGCUGUCUUCCUAAUUUCUCUAUCUUUAAUUUAAAUUAAAAACGAAAAUUCAUUAUUUUUGAAAAUAAAAUAGUUUCAUUCAUAAA